CCAACUCUGCCGACAUGACCCACGUGAUCUCACUAGCGCCCCUCCUCGUCUGUUUUUACCAAUGAGAAAGAGCACAGGGGGCGGGCCUUGACCGAUGACAAGCCAAUGCCUUUUGUGAUUGCUUACGUAGGAUUAGCUACAUCCGGGUGAGCGUUUUGAGGUCCGCCUUGGUUGAUUUUACUUUGAAGCUGCUGGCUCUCAGUCUUCAGGAUGUAUCGAUCCUUCCGGGUGCUGCUGCAGGUGCUGUGGGCCCAGCUGCUGUGGGGCUGGGUGCUGGGCUCCGAGCUCACGUUUGAGCUGCCGGACAACGCCAAGCAGUGUUUCUACGAGGACAUCAUCGUCGGCACCAAGUGCACGCUCGAGUUCCAGGUGGUGACUGGUGGUCAUUAUGAUGUGGACUGUCGUUUGGAGGACCCAGAGGGCAAUACACUGUAUAAGGAGAUGAAGAAGCAAUACGACAGCUUUACCUUCACAGCAUCCAAGAAUGGCACCUACAAGUUCUGCUUCAGCAAUGAGUUCUCCACCUUCACACACAAGACAGUUUAUUUCGACUUCCAGGUCGGCGAUGAUCCUCCACUCUUCCCCAAUGAGAACAGAGUCACUGCACUUACCCAGAUGGAAUCAGCCUGUGUGUCCAUCCACGAGGCCCUGAAGUCAGUCAUCGACUACCAGACACAUUUCCGCCUCCGGGAGGCUCAAGGACGCAGUCGGGCUGAGGACCUCAACACCCGUGUUGCAUUCUGGUCCAUCGGAGAAGCCAUCAUCCUUUUGGUGGUCAGCAUCAGCCAGGUGGUCCUGCUGAGAAGCUUCUUCUCUGACAGGAAGACCACUACAACACGUGUCGGAUCAUAACAGUCUCUGAGCUCUCGGAUUCUAUAGAUCUUUCUUUACCUGGGCUUGUGUGCAUAAAGUUGGUUAGAAUAGCAGUGCUGAUCUGAAACUGGAUCAUAUCAAACUGCCAGGUCAUACAAUCUGACAUGUCAUCCACAUUCAGCACCGCUGUUCUUAGAAACUUCAUGCAAAUGAGUGGUGAACGAAAAGGUUGUUUGAAAUGUUUUUGAGAGGCUAAAGAAGAAAGAAGAAAGGAUUGAUUGUGUUUCUUUCAUACUUUGAAUAUUUGGAAUGAGUUCUAUAUGUGUUUUUACUUUAUUUGUGUCCUUUUCUUUCCGUUAUCUCAUAGCCGCUCCCCACGAUCUGUUAGAUUUUUCAGACCAAACUUUGCACUGAAAUAACAAAGAGAGUGGAGGUUGUGACUAAAUGUACUCCUAAUGUACGGGUGAUGUGGAUUACUUCACUUAUCUGCAAAACAUUGGGUCUUUAAUCCACAUUAGCAAGACAAAGAUCGCAUUUGGUUAUGGAAAAAAAAAUUGUUAAAUUUUGUCAUUGUUAUUAAACCUCACUUUAUGUAGUGAGAAAUCCUAUACACCGUGUUUGCUUUUAUCAGCUUUGGCAUAAGUUAUUUGAAGGAACUGGUGUACAGAGGGUAAGUCCUUCUUAAAUUUAAUAUUAGCUCGAAGCAAUUGAACAACAGUUUGGGUUGGGCUUUUGAUGACGUCUCUUUAGUGACUGCAGACCCUAAACAAUUUUGCACAUCAAGGUUGCUUCAGUUUAACCACACUUAGGAUAUCAUCUGAAAAAGGUAUCACAUCUGUGUGGGGGAAAAACCUGUAUUAACAUUAUUGUUUGAAAAAUGACACAUUUUGUGUGUUGAUAGGCAAAGCCAACAAUUUUAAGUGCAACAACUUUGUCUUUAAAUGGUUUUCCUUUCAAUUGUUACAUGUAGUGCUGCCCUUUCUGUUUGUGGUGCAACAAUUUAUUCAUGUUGUGGGGCUGAUACUGUCCUCUUGGUUUUAUACAGCACUGUUGUAAAAUUCAUGUUGUUUUGCAAAAUAUUGCUUUAAAUAUAAGAUAAUUCUAGAAACUUUGAGUUGUAGUUGUAAUUUGAAACGAUACCAUCUCACUGACUACUCAGUUAAUUUCCAAAAGAAACCAGAAGAAAGAUUUGGACAGAGUAAAUGUAAUGUAUGUACCUUUUUUUCAUCAACUGAUUCAAAUAUCAAUACUUAUGAACAUGCACGUUUCUUGAUAUUUUCAUUAAACAUUUUGAGCAUGCAAAGAAGCACUUCAUAUAGUAGUUGCAAACUGGUGUUGACACUCUCACAAAUCAAUAAUUUAACCCUUAUAGACUGCUUUUAAUAUAGCCAUUCUUAAUUCACCAAAAGUAUUUUCACAGUACACAACACAUCGUAGAACAUGAAAGAGAUCUGAUCACAAUAUUACUGCUGUAAUGAGAAAUAUCAUAAUUACAUUACACUAGAUCCACUGAAGGAUGAAAAAUGAAAUGCUUAUUUGACUUUCUAGUUCAGAGACGUGCUUCCAGAGACUGGUAAUUGAGUGAAACAUCAAUUAUUACUAUUAUCAUAUCUGAAAUCCCCCCAUGGCAAUGAGUCUUGUCUGUUUUGGUUUGUGCACUUUGGGUCUUUGUUUGGACACAAAUUCUGAGGCUGUUCUGGGAAAGGUGUUGGGGUCGAUGUUUAAAAUGUCUGGGUAUGCAUUUAUUUCACCAUCUUCAAUAAACAAUUAUUUCAGUGA